UGUUCCAAAAUUCGUAAAAAUUAUGUGAAAAAUGUUCACCAAGGUAGCUUGAAAAAAAUCGUCUUCGCGCAUAGAGUAUUGAACCCGUCUGUGAGACCCUACCGGUUUCUCUCAAUCGACCUCGUCGCGGUGAAUGACACCUUCGUAUCAAAUCGGCGCGCGAUCGGGCACAAUCGGACAAUCGCGUCUCUGGCGCUGGCCGCGCUUAGCACGAGAGGGCGGGACGUGCGCGCGCAUGCGCGGUCGCGCGUUUCUGGCACUUAGACUGGUUGCGCGGCGUCGCGACGCGCAACACGAACCAGUCGUUCGUCGGACGUGGGACGGGACGGGCAUGUUGCGGACGGCCGUGUAGCAAAGUGCCGUCCUCGUCUUUCUUUCCUUCUCUCGCUCGCUCGUUCGCUCGCUCCUUCUCUUUUUCUGUCUCUCUCUUCUUCGGUCCCUCGGACGGCGUGUAGAGACAAACGGAGGCGCGCACAGGCGCGCACCCGUUCAUAGUCUGCCUCUAUCGUCGUCUACGUUCGCGUUCCCCGGCCAGCCAGCCAGCUAGCCAUCCGCUCGGUCUUCGCCUCACUCCGUCGGCGGCGCAGCUGAAUCACGGCGGUCUCGCGCUGUAGUAAUAGCAGUCCAUCGCUCGCCGCGCUGUACAGGUUCGGGAAAUGGAGCUCGAGCAGGCGGCGCCGCAGCAGCAGGUGAACUCAGACUUGGAGAGGAAGACCAAGGAGAGCGGCGGCAGCGGCGGCGGCGGUGGUGGCGGCGUCUCCGGGAAUCACGGUGAUCAUAUCAAUGGCAUGUCCAAUGGUUUUGAUAAAAAGAGGGAACACAAAUCGGAGCACAGAGACAAAGACAGAGAGCGAUCUCACAAAUCGGAACACAAAGACAAAGAUCGAAGCAGAGAUAAGGAAAAAAAUCAUAAAAGUGAACACAGGGAUAAAGAUAAGCACAGACAUAGCUCUAGUUCCAUUAAGGACAAGGAAAAGCACGAUGGCAGCAAUAACAAGGAUAAAGACAAGGAUAAAAAGAGCUCUUCAUCUAGCAAGGAUAAGGAACACAAGAGUAGCAGUUCAUCUAGCAAGGAAAAGGAUAAGGACAAGAGCAGAGAUAAGGAACAUCAUCACAAAUCAAGCUCGAGCUCCAAAGACAAAGACAGGCAUCACAGUAGUUCUAAAGAUAAGGACAGCUCAAGCAAAGACAAAGACAAGGAGUCCAAAAGCAAGGACAAGGAUAGGCAUAGACACAGCAGUUCCUUGAAUUCUAGCUCGCGCGACAAAGACAAGGAUCGAAGUGUCACGAAGGAUAAGGAUGGCAAAAAGCACUCGUCUGAAAAGGAUAAGGAUAGACAUUCCACUUCUCACUCCUCUGGCGAUAAGCAUCGUUCGUCAGAGAAAGAUAAGGACAAGCACAGAGAAAGUUCUAGUGGUAAAGACAAGCACCGUCACGAAAAAGAUCGCCAUCGUCAUGAUAAGGAUAAAUCGAAACAUCGAGAGGAAAAGGAAAAGAAAGAUAAGGACGAGGUUAAAGUGAAGGAAGAACCGAAAGUGAAAGAGGAAACACAUGUGAAACUGAAUCACUCAGUUAAUGAAGACUAUCAUUUUAAUACGCAAGUGAAGCUUGAGAUAAAGGAGGAACCUAUAACGCAACCAGAAUUAGAUGAUGACGAUGAUAGUGGUGGUGAGCGACCGCUCUAUAUCAAGGAAGAUGAUGACGAUGAACCGACCAAGGAGGACGCUAGCAUGGAUUCGACUGAUGGAAACGAUACCAGGUUGUCGGAUCUCCAUAAUACAACUAUAAAGACAGAAGAUUCAGAUGAAGAUGAACCACUGCAUUCGAGAUCAAAGAUAUCGUUGAACGUAAAGAGAAAAAUCGAUUCGGACGAGGAUGAAGAUGUUCCGUUGUCAGCGCGCAAGAAAUCCAAGGCAAUUGCCCAGAAGACCAAGAAGAAGAAACGAAAACGCGCGGAUGAUGGCGAUUCCGAAAUUGAAGAAACGCAGAAACCAAAGAAGAAGAACACGAAGGUAAAAGCAGAAGGCGAAAGCCCCAGUCCAAGGAAGAAGAAACAGGAGGAGGAGCAGCAAGAAGUGUGGAAAUGGUGGGAAGAAGAGAAGAAGAGCGAUGGUUUGAAAUGGAAUUUCUUGGAACACAAGGGACCAGUAUUUGCGCCACCCUACGAACCUUUACCUUCUUCCGUGAAGUUCUACUAUAACGGCAAGGAGAUGAAGCUGAGCGAAGAAACAGAGGAGGUCGCAACUUUCUACGCUCGCAUGCUCGACCAUGACUACACGACCAAGACUGCGUUCAACAACAACUUCUUCCACGACUGGCGAGAGGUGAUGACUGAGUCCGAGCGCGCCAAAAUCACCGAUCUGUUCAAGUGCAACUUCAAGGAAAUGCAGGCGUACUUCGUGCAAAAGAGCGAGGAGCGCAAGGCCAUGACAAAGGAGGAGAAGAAGAAAAUCAAGGAGAAAAACGAAGAGAUACAGAAGGAGUAUGGCUUCUGCAUCAUUGAUGGUCAUAAAGAGAAAAUCGGCAAUUUCAAAAUUGAGCCGCCCGGCUUGUUCAGGGGCCGCGGCGAGCAUCCCAAGAUGGGCAAGCUGAAGAAGCGAGUGUUGCCAGAGGACGUGCUCAUCAACUGCUCGAGGGAUUCGAAUAUACCGAAACCGCCACCCGGUCACAAGUGGAAGGAGGUUCGACACGAUUCCACUGUCACAUGGCUCGCGUCCUGGACGGAGAACAUUCAAGGUCAAGUGAAGUACAUAAUGCUGAAUCCAUCCAGCAAGCUCAAGGGUGAGAAGGAUUGGCAGAAGUAUGAAACUGCGCGGAAGCUGGCGCAGUCGAUCGACAAGAUCCGCGCGGAGUAUCGAGAGGAUUGGAAGAGCAAGGAGAUGCGCAUCAGACAGCGUGCUGUCGCCCUGUAUUUUAUCGAUAAGCUGGCGCUCAGAGCUGGUAACGAGAAGGAUGAGGAUCAAGCGGAUACUGUAGGCUGUUGCUCGUUGCGAGUGGAGCAUAUCAAGCUGUGUGAGCAAAAGGACGGCAAAGAAUAUGUCGUCGUAUUUGACUUCUUAGGUAAAGAUUCUAUUCGAUAUUAUAACGAGGUGCCGGUGGAAAAACGCGUCUUUAAGAAUCUGCAGCUCUUCAUGGAAAAUAAAUCGCCCGGAGAUGAUUUAUUCGAUCGUCUUAACACCACCGUGAUGAACAAACAUCUAAACGAGUUGAUGGAGGGUCUCACCGCCAAAGUAUUCAGAACUUACAACGCAUCAUGGACGUUGCAGCAACAGCUCGACAAACUGACGGAUCCGAAUGAUACGGAGGCUGAAAAAAUCCUCUCCUACAAUCGUGCCAAUCGUGCUGUUGCCAUUCUGUGUAACCAUCAGCGUUCUGUACCAAAAACGCAUGCAAAAUCCAUGGAGAACUUAAAGGCAAAGAUUGAAGCGAAGAAGGAGGCGAUAACCGAGUGCGAGCUGCAAGUAAAAGAUGCUAAACGGGACGCAAAACACGGCUCGGUGAAGGAAAAAGUAGCAUAUGAUAAGAAGAAGAAGCAACUAGAAAGAUUGAAGGAUCAAUUGACGAAGCUGGAAGUCCAGGCGACUGAUCGAGAGGAAAACAAAGAGAUCGCGCUGAGUACCUCCAAGUUGAAUUAUCUCGAUCCCAGAAUUUCUGUUGCAUGGUGUAAAAAACACAAUGUUCCGAUCGAGAAGAUCUACAACAAGACUCAGAGAGAUAAAUUCCGAUGGGCAAUAGAUAUGGCGGGUCCUGAUUACGUAUUUUAACCCCGCGGGUCACCAUCAUAAUUGUCGUCAUCAUCGUCGUCGCCAACGUGUAUGAGUGGAGAACUCCCGCUGACGAUGUAUCUAGUGAAUUUUACGUUCUAACGAGAAGUCAGGAGACUUAAAGUAAAACAAGAGGAAAGAGACAAAAAGGAAAAAAAAGUACGCUAACGGUACGGAAAAUUUUUUUACACUUACGCGGUAUAAAUGUGAGAGUGUGGGAACAUAUUUUCUAUAGAUGACAUAUGCGUCGCGCGCGCAUUAAAUCACGAUGUGAUUGGUAUACCUAAAGUGGCGUUUAACUUGAAUUGCGAUACGCGGAUUCAUUCCGGAAUCGCACGCGCGCGUUUCGCCGUGUGGUGUAAGAUGCUUUCUAUCUACAUCGCUCUAGCUUGUUCGUCUCUACGUGCUGGUUCAUUCAAAGCACCCGGACGUGAUAAUCUACAAAGGAAUGUCGAUCAAGGGAAGAAAGGUCUCCUCGGGAAUUACGAGCUGAUCUUCAAGUGAAAGCGAGAGACAGGAGCAUAAAUUUUAUUUCGUUUAGGUAGGAAUUUAUUCUGACCGUGUGUGUGGAUUAGGAAACUAGCAAAAACAAAUUUUGUGCGGACAAAAAGGAGAAAGAACCGUUUAAAUUUAGUAGUGGAUAUGCGCGGGGGCAUGAUGCAACAGUUAAAUCCUGCAUGAUUGUUGUACGGCGUUUUCGCGCCGACUACGAAGCAUACGAGAAGCUGUAACUGCGCUAUUGUUGUAUAUAUGUAGGACAUGUUGCGAGUGAGACGCGAAUUCAGUUUACACUAUGUUGAUAUUAAAAGAAAAAGGACAAGAAAGGAAAAAAAGUGGAGGAAAGGGAAAAAGGAAAGAGUACCAUUUCUUGGAGCAGGCAGCUGAUGAAUUUUGUAUUUUCUUUUAGCGAGCAUAACACACGUAACGUGCACAUUGUUUCUCUCAUAAAUGUAUGAUAAUGUCAUUCAUCGAGUAUCACGUUUACAUUUUGCAGCAUCCUGUCGAAAACAUAUGUAUUCGUAGAAACGUAUAACGAUAUUGUGCACUCCUCUUUUUGAUAUAUGAAUGAAAGAAAAGGAAAACGCAAAGCGAUUAGCAAAUUUUCGCCGGAUCGCGGUUCGCUCCUAUCCCACCCUUUAUCCUUUCCCCCGCCCCUAUCCUCAACUCGAUAGUAUAAAGAAAUGCCGAUAAAUAUAUAUAUACAUAUAUAUAUAUAUUUAAGUGAAUUAUAUCGCUUUUAGCGAUUUAUGUUUUAUAAGAUGAUGUCUCUAGGCUAUAAAAAUAAACGAGAAAAUGUAUCCCCUAA